CGGGAGGGAGGUAGCAAUAAACCACCUUCAAAGUUAUAUAUAUCUUCUUCUUCUGCAUCGCCCUGUCUUCCUCGUUUCAGGGAACAUAGUCUCUCUCUCUCUCUCUCUUUCUCUCUUGAAGGUUGUGAGAUUCUUUAUCUAAUUGUCUCUCGAUCUUUCAUCGAGAUCAAGAAAUAUUCUACAAAUGGAACGGUCCAGAUUCGUGAUCGAAGCAUCGGAGGCGGAAUCGAAGGCGGAGAAGGCAGGGCUGACGGUGAUGCAACUCUUGCCGUCUCUGGUGAAUUCAGCCCAGAAGCUGGCUCGUCCAUCCAUAUCCAAGUACCACGUCGGCGCCGUCGGGCUGGGAUCCAGCGGCCGGAUCUUCCUCGGCGUCAACCUCGAAUUCCCUGGCCUCCCCCUCAACCACUCCGUCCACGCCGAGCAGUUCCUCAUCACCAACCUCUCCCUCAAGGCCGAGACCCAUCUCCGCUACCUGGCCGUCUCCGCCGCCCCCUGCGGCCAUUGCCGCCAAUUCUUCCAGGAAAUUCGCGACGCCCCAGAUAUCAAAGUCCUCAUCACCUCCUCCUCAGAUCAAGAUUUUCGUCCUUUAUCGGAGUUUCUCCCUAAUAGGUUCGGUCCCGAUGACCUCCUGGACAAGGAUACGCCGUUGCUGUUAGAGCCACAGAACAACGGAUUAUCACUUGUAAAUGCAAUCGGUUCUCAGUUGGUCAACACAGGUUGCAAUGGGGUUUGCGCCUGUGAUCAAGACUCAUUGAAAUAUGAGGCGCUUGAGGCGGCAAACAAGUCUCAUGCUCCAUACAGUGGGUGCCCAUCUGGGGUGGCACUCAUAGACUCUGAGGGCAGGGUCUACAGAGGCUCUUACAUGGAGUCUGCCGCUUAUAACCCGAGUCUGGGGCCGGUUCAGGCGGCCUUGGUCGCGUAUAUUGCAGGUGGGGGAGAUGGGUAUGAGGAGAUUGUGGGUGCAGUGUUGGUGGAGAAGGAAGAAGCACAGGUUAAACAAGAGCAGACUGCUCGGUUACUAUUGAAUUUGAUUUCACCCAAAUGUGAGUUUCGUGUCUUCUACUGCAGUUCAGCUUCUAAGAAGCCUUAGAUCGUGAUGUGAGUAAUGUAUUUACAGUCAUUUGCAAAAAGAAUUGAAUCAGAUGAAUGAAUGGAGGAUGAUAUGUUUAUCCCUCCAAUUUGAAUAAUUUUCUUCACACAGUUGAUUGCGUGUAUUCACUAUUGCAUGUUAGGUGAUGAAAAGUGAUGGCGCCUGCUCACCUUUCUUAA